AAGACUGACUUCGGCACUUCCGGGCGCUUCCGGGCGCUUCCUGCGUCCUCCCCGCAGCUUGGCCUAGAGAAAUCCAGUCUUGGCACAGUCGAUAUGACCGAGGCUCCUCUAUACCGACCCUUGGAUCCCCAUGGCUCCCCGACGUUCCAAUUACGAGAUCGCGUCAACGACAAGUUCAAUCUUGCUUUGGAAUCUUAUCAAGAUCUGUACCGCUGGUCCACAUCGCAUAUCGCCGAUUUCUGGGACAUUGUAUGGGACACCACUGAGAUCAUAGGAGAGAAAGGACAACAUGUAGUGGACGAGUCGGUCAAUAUCUCUGACAAUCCGCCGUGGUUCAAGGAGGCACGUGUCAAUUGGGCGGAGAACAUGCUGAGACCCGAGAUGCGCGAGAGUAACAAGGUCGCAUUGGUCCAAGCAACCGAGCCAACUCCUGUGAACCCCAAUCCUCCGAUGAAGAGAUGCACAUAUGCCGAGCUCUACAAGCUUGUUUCUCGUCUCGUGUCCGCGUUGCUUGCCAACGGCGUCAAACCCGGAGACCGCAUCGCGUCCUAUUCCUCGAACUGCAUCGAAGUCGUUGCUCUCUGUCUUGCUACAACUGCCAUUGGAGCCAUUUGGGUGAGCGCCGCCGCAGACUUUGGGCCCGCUGGUGUCCUGGAGCGCUUUGAUCAGAUCCAGCCGAGCUUUAUAUUCGCUGUCGACGCGGUCGUAUACAACGCCAAGGUUCACGAUCAUCUUCCGAAGCUCGCAGCACUUCUAUCCCAACUGAGUCCAGGGCCGAAGACUGCUCGACCGCAGGUUGUCAUCAUCCAUACGAUUCCUUAUGCCGAGGAUAAAGCGUCUUGGCAAGACGGAUGGAUGGGCUGGGAACAGUUUCUCGAGAAUCAUCCUGUGUCGGCGGAGAUUGCCUGGCAUAGAGCGUCUUUCAAUGAUCCGUUGUGGAUAUUGUUCUCCUCGGGGUCCACCGGAAGACCCAAAGCUAUUGUGCAUCGUGCCGGCGGAAUGCUGCUUCAAAUGAAGAAGGAAUAUCUGAUAUGCGCUGAUCUGAAGCCGGAAGAUGUCUUCUUUUACUACACAACAACCGGCUGGAUGAUGUACAACUGGCUCAUCAGUGCGCUUAGUGUCGGAUGCACUCUGGUGUUGUAUGACGGGAGCCCACUGCGUGAUCCGGCUUAUCUGUGGCGGCUCACCGACGAGCUGGGAAUCACACUUUUCGGAACCAGUGCUAAAUAUCUCGAACAGCUUUCGAAAGGUUACCAACCACGAUCCCACCACGAUCUCAGCUCUCUCCGUCACAUCUAUUCGACAGGCUCUCCGCUGUCCUCUGUGCUAUUUGAUUAUGUUUAUGAACACAUCAGCCCCGCUGUGCUUUUGGGCUCUAUCACCGGUGGAACGGACAUCUGCUCCUUGUUUGCAGGAAUGUGCUCGGCCUUGCCGGUUUAUCGAGGAGAGAUCCAAUGCAGAAUGCUUGGGCUUGCAGUUGAGAGCCUCAACGAACAAGGAGUCAUCAAUCCACCGGGACUUCCCGGUGAACUUGCAUGCAUGAAGCCGUUUCCGUGCAUGCCUGCAGGGUUCUGGCCCCUGCCUGGUUUCGGCGCUGAGGAAGCGGUCAUCGCUGCACGGGAAAAAUACCGCCAGGCCUACUUUGCUGAGUACAGCGGUGUCUGGUACCACGGGGACCACAUUGUUAUCACCAGCUCGAGAUCUGGGAACGGCGGUGGCUUGAUCAUGCUGGGUCGCUCAGACGGUGUCUUAAAUCCCGGGGGCGUGAGAUUCGGAUCCUCCGAACUGUAUGAUGUGAUUGACUCCGAGUUUUGUGCUGCUGGCCUGGUGGCAGAUUCGCUUGCGAUUGGCCAGACGCAGGCUGAGGAUGAACGUGUCUUACUUUUCGUCAAGCUGCCUCCUGGGCAAACCCUGACCCCCGAUCUUGAGAGGCAGAUCAAGCAGCAAAUACGGACCCGGCGGAGUGCUCGUCACGUUCCUGCGCUGAUUCUGCAAGUGGAGGACAUUCCGUACACUCUGAACGGCAAACGCGUCGAGGUCUUGGUCAAGAAGGUUUGCCUCCUCGUUUGCUUCCGAGGAGAUCGAUCGACAUGUCUUAGAUCAUCAACGGAGCAGCUUUAUCGAUUGUCAAUCCCGCCACCUUGGCUAACCCGGAAUGCUUGCCAUUGUACUAUGACCUGGGUGUCCAACUCAGACGUACCCAGUAGUUCUCCUUUAUCUAUCUAUCUACGUCUGUUGCUCUAGCAGCAUAUUGUAUUUGAAGAGAACCUCUGUUGCAAGCUGCCUUAUUAAUAGCAACCAUGUGUUAC